CUGAAAAGCCCCCAUAUGGCCUUGACAGACAAAACCAAUAUAAAAGUCUGAUCACACUGCAUAAACAGCGAACAGAUCAUACAGCUUUUGAACAAGAUAAAUAUGAAGACUCUGCUUGUAGUCACCUUGUUCGCAUUCUGCAGCGGACACAGAAUCCACUUCCGUAACAACUGUAACAAGGAAGUGUGGGUAGGAAUUCUGGGAAACACCAUCCCAGAUCAAGGGGGCUUUAAGCUUCACCAUGGACAAAGUCACAGUGUUUAUCUCGGACCUCAUUGGUCCGGAAGGAUGUGGGGAAGAACCGGAUGUGGCGGAUCUCGUUGUGAGACUGGAGACUGUGGUGGUGGACGACUUCACUGCAGUGGCGCUGGUGGAGUUCCUCCUGUAACUCUCGCCGAAAUCACGUUUGACGGUGCCGGAAACCAAGACUUUUACGAUAUCAGUUUGGUUGAUGGUUUCAAUCUACCUCUGAGCAUGCGCCCAAGAGCCGGAACAACAGAAGGAGCAUCAGGGUCAUACUAUUGCCAUUCUGCUGGAUGCUAUACAGAUGUCAACAAUAUUUGUCCCAGUGGUAUGAGAAUGUACGGUACUGGCGGAGUUGUGGCCUGCAAGAGCGCCUGUCUUGCUUUCGGAAGACAAGAGUACUGCUGCAGCGGUGCUCACAACACACCGCAGACGUGUCCAAAUUUCUCCUACGCCGAGACCUUUAAGAGAGCCUGUCCUCAGGCCUAUAGUUACGCCUAUGAUGACCACAAGAGCACAUUCACGUGUAGGGGAGCCGGAGGAAGACAGUCAGAAUACGACGUUGUAUUCUGUGGUUAAACUAUUUCAUGCGAUAGAACUUUAAUUGUACUAAAAUUGAAUGUAAAAUGGAAUGUUUUGUUUGAAUUGUCUUGAUCUGAUUAAGAAAACAAUAUCUUAUAUAA